GGGCUGCGGCUCCUCCCGGGGGCCGGUUCCCGCUGUCUCAGCCGCGGCGCUGAGGGGACACCGGCGUGACUGACUGACCGGCCGCCGGCGCCGGGAUCCGCCACGUCCAGCCCGGCCUGCCUGGCCGGGGACCCGCGACCGAGUCCGCCCUCCGCGCCCCUCGCCCUUCGCCCCGGCGGGCUCCGGGCCGGCGAGCCCCGGGCCGGCGAGCCGCUCUCCGGCCCUUCCCGGGCGGCGCCGCAGCCACAGCCCGCGCCCGGAGACAGGGCUGAAAACAGUGAAGUCACUUCUCACAGUUAAUAGACUAUUAAGAAGACAAGAUGGGGACUCCUGGUUCUGGAAGGAAAAGAACACCUGUGAAAGACCGAUUUUCUGCAGAAGAUGAAGCUUUGAGUAGCAUUGCCAGAGAGGCAGAGGCAAGGCUGGCUGCAAAACGUGCUGCCCGAGCAGAAGCAAGAGAUAUCCGCAUGAGAGAACUGGAACGACAACAAAAAGAGUACUCUCAUCCUUCCUUUGAUCGGAAAUGGGGACAGAUUCAGAAGUGGCUGGAAGAUUCGGAAAGGGCCAGGUAUUCCCACCGGUCCAGUCAUCGUCGUCCUUAUCUGGGAGUUGAGGAUACAUUGUCCAUUCGAAGUUUUGGCAGUCACAGGGACAUAACUGGGACACACUGGAGCAGAGCCAGUACACCCAAAAGGAAAGACAUCAUGUAUGAUGCUGUCAAGGAUAGAUCAUCAAGAUUUUCAUCAUUAAAUCAUUCUUACAGUCACUCUUAUGGAAUGAAGAAGAGAUCUUCUGGUUCUCAUAAAGACCCACUGAGUGGCCUCUACUUUGACCAGAGAAACUAUAGCAGUCUUAGAAACUAUAGCAGCAAACCCACCUCUGCCUACUAUACUCGGCAGUCUUCUUCCCUGUACAGCGACCCUCUGGCGACAUCUAAGAUUAAUAGGGCCUCCCCUAUUGCAAAUUCUGGUCUGCUGAGAAGUGCCAGUCUGGUAUCAUUGUAUGAUGGUGGAUUAUAUAACCCUUACGGUUCUCGCACUCCGUCUGAAUACAGUUAUUACUCAUCAAGAACAAGUUCAGCCCGAAGCAGUCCUGUGUUUAUCGACGAUGACACUGCAAGCGUCGCGUCUUCUGGUCGAGCCAGUCGUGGGCGAAGGGAGAGUGUGGUUUCUGCCGCUGAUUAUUUUAGUCGCUCCAAUCGUAGGGGGAGCGUCGUUUCCGAUGUGGAUGACGUCAGCAUCCCAGAUUUGACCAGCUUGGAUGAAAAAUCUGACAAACAGUAUGCUGAAAAUUACACAAGGCCUUCAUCUCGAAAUUCUGCCUCAGCAACAACCCCUCUAAGUGGAAACUCGUCCAGAAGAGGAAGCGGGGACACCAGCAGCUUAAUAGAUCCAGACACCUCAUUAAGUGAAUUGCGGGAUAUCUAUGACCUUAAGGACCAGAUACAGGAUGUAGAAGGGAGAUACAUGCAGGGGCUUAAAGAACUAAAGGAGUCUUUAUCUGAAGUGGAAGAAAAAUACAAGAAAGCCAUGGUUUCCAAUGCACAGUUAGACAAUGAGAAGAACAAUUUGAUAUACCAAGUAGAUACCCUCAAGGACGUCAUUGAAGAGCAGGAGGAACAGAUGGCCGAAUUUUAUAGAGAAAAUGCAGAAAAAUCAAAGGAGUUAGAAAGGCAGAAACAUAUGUGUAGCGUGCUACAACAUAAGAUGGAUGAACUUAAAGAAGGCCUCCGACAAAGAGAUGAGCUCAUUGAGGAGAAUCAGCGUAUGCAGCAGAAAAUAGACACCGUGACAAAAGAGGUGUUUGACCUCCAAGAGACACUGCUUUGGAAAGAUAAAAACAUUAGGGCCCUAGAGAAACAGAAAGAAUACAUUGCCUGCCUUAGGAAUGAGCGCGAUAAUCUCAGGGAGGAGCUGGCUGACCUGAAGGAGGCGAUGAAGACGGGAGAGAAACAUGGCUUAGUCAUCAUCCCCGACGGCACUCCUAAUGGCGAUGUCCACCAUGAACCAGUGGUCGGAGCCAUCACUGUUGUGUCUCAGGAAGCCGCUCAGGUCUUGGAGUCAGCAGGAGAGGGGCCCCUAGAUGUAAGGCUACGAAAACUCGCUGGAGAAAAGGAAGAGCUCCUAUCACAGAUUAGAAAACUGAAGCUGCAGUUGGAGGAAGAGCGGCAGAAGUGCUCCAGGAGUGACGGCCCAGCAGGCGAGCUGGCGGGACUGCAGAACGGCUCGGACCUGCAGCUCAUCGAAAUGCAGAGAGAUGCCAACAGACAAAUUAGUGAAUACAAGUUUAAGCUUUCAAAAGCAGAACAAGAUAUAACCACCUUGGAGCAAAGUAUUAACCGCCUGGAGGGGCAGGUGCUGAGAUAUAAAACUGCUGCUGAGAAUGCGGAGAAAGUUGAGGAUGAACUGAAAGCAGAAAAGAGGAAGCUACAACGAGAGUUACGAACGGCACUGGACAAGAUUGAGGAGAUGGAGAUGACCAACAGCCACCUGGCCAAGCGGCUGGAGAAGAUGAAGGCCAACAGGACAGCACUACUGGCCCAGCAGUAGGAAGGCCACCCUUCCGUGAGGCCCCUGCCCAGAGGGACUGCCCUUUUGUCCACUGACUCAGACCCCUUCCAGUACUGUUUGAGCUCUGUUGUUAAAAUAGCCACCUUUGUAUUUUAUAAUUUAUGAGAGAAUGAAACAGGUUUGAAUCUUCA